ACACUGCAUGUUGUUUUUAGUUUGCCGCUCGCAUGGAGAGAGAACGUUUUGUUCGUGAAUUUGGGUUUAUUUAUUUAACAAUGAGUUUAUCAAGCAUUAAGCAAAAAGAAUUAAAAGGAAAGAAAAAGUCACUACCUAAGCUGCGCACCAUACUGGCCAAUCCAUACAAGCAACACAGUCCAGUGCUGCCAGAAAAUGAAGUGCUUACGUUUCGGAAAAUAAUGAAAAAUGCAAUAAGCAGCAUCCAAGGUCCAUCAAAUGCAUUCGCCACAAAAACUCACAUUCAUCUGGGACUCGAAAGUUCGUUACGCGCCAUAAACGGAGCACGUUUUUCUUGCGUCUUCAUUUCACUCAGCAUCCGACCAUCGCAUCUGCUACGUUUAAUCGCCACGAGCGCAGUAGUUAAGGUGCCAACGGCGCCUAUUUAUGCACAACCCAAACUAGAAGAUCUGACAGAAGAACUCUUUGGCAUACGUUCACUUAUUCUAGUGCUGCCUUUGGAUUUGGAUGACAUUAGCUUGGAGCUAAGCAAAUGGGUGAAUGCUCAUAAAAAGUCUCCUGCCCCGCCACGAAAGAUUUUCCCAAUUGCAAGGAAAACAAAACCUCAAGUAAAAGUGGCAGAAACUAUUGAAGUUGAGCCACAAAUUGCGGCGCCUUUAAAAAUAGAAAAAGAGUGGAGCGGUGAUUACAUCUCCUGUAUGGAUGGCGGUGCUUUGAAGCUGCAUCUAGUCGAUGCACAAGUAGAAGCACAACAGCUGGACAAAGCACUCAGUAAUAUUGCCAUGAAAACUCAGCUCAUAAAAGUCGAAGAACCUAUUCCAAAUUCAUCCAAAAAAAAGAAACCAUCGAAGAAAUCGGAACCCAUGCAGUUGGAUGAAACAGAUGAUGAUGAGUUUCUCCCAGCAAGUGAAUUGGGUGUUUAUCGCCCAGUGACAGUCCAUCAGAUUCGUCCAAAUCCUGACAAGAAACCAAAAAAGAAGCGAAACAAAAAAAAGCAAAACAAAUAAUU